UCUCUCCUCCUCCAUCUCCCUAUUUUCUCUUUCUGCCGUCAAAGAUCUCAGAAGCUCAAAGCGAUCACUCAGAAGGCUGGAGGAUCUUUGCGAAAAUCAGAGCUCAGAAAUGAAGCAUGAGACAGAAACUAAGUUGCCCAAGACUGAGCAAUUGAUUCAAGAAGCAUCUGUGGAACAGAAAUAUAACCAGGGAGAACAGUAUAGUCCAGAAAAUGGCCUUUCUGAUCCUGACAUGGGCUCUGUUGUUUCACCUAAUAUCUCAAAUUAUUCGUGUUCGAUGGACAUUCUUUCCAAUGAUGAACUUGGCUUCCUAGAACUGCAAAAGUUAAAUAAUAUCAUGAAAGCCUCUUACAAGGAAUUCAUGACAAUAGCUGUCACUGCAAACGCUUGGGUUUUCCAUCCUCCAGUGGUAGGUUCAGUAGAGGAUAUACAAGAGAUGUUCCACACUCCACCACCUCAGGGAUCUAUAGUGGAAUGCUCCGUUGUGAGUGUAGUUUUCCCUGUUACUUCACGUUUGCUGGCCUCGAUAAUGAUGGAUGCGGAGCGAUGGGCUUCAAUGUUUUCCAACAUAAUUUGUUAUGGAUCAGAGGAAGCUGUUGUCGCUCCUUUGAAAACAUUAUGGACGACAGAUACUUUGGAAGUGAUACUGGUCAAUGCCGAGUUUAGACUGCCAGCUGAAUACCUGCCAAGAGGGAGAAUUCGCUUUUUGAGAUUUAAGAAAAUGAUCGUGCCAGAUACAUGGGCAAUUUUCGAUGUGUCCACUGAUUAUUUCGAUGAUGCAACCUCUGAUCCUGCCCAGAAUAUUGCAUACAGGCGGAGGCCAUCAGGAGUGAUCAUUCGGCAGCGUGGUUUUCAUUGUGAGGCUAUAUGGAUUGAAAAUUCAGUGGUACAGGAGAUUGAUAUCCCAAAAAAUAUAUGCUCAACAUUCACUUCGAACUUUCCUUUAACUGCAGAGCACUGGGUCAGCAUGUUAUCACAAAAUUUGAAACGUAGACGUAGCAAGGUAGUAACUUCAGAGAUGUUCGAUGAAAUCCACGGUUUACCAAAUCUCUUGGUAAUUGGGGAUAGUCUGAGGAAAGUCUAUAUAGAAACAGUUAGUCCCUUUCCAAGGGAAAAAACUUGGGAUUUAUUUUCUGAUGAUAAAGUAAGGAUCCUGAGAGACAUGAAUGCACAUAGCAGUGGCUAUCCCAAUGAUUACAUUGCCUCAACUACCAUUUAUAUCCCACAAACCCCCCUCAGACUCUUAACAUUUAUGGACACAAAUAAUGUGAAACUUCAGUGGUUGAGCAUAAAAUCACAGGCACAGCUCAAGACGUCGGUUGUAUUUUUCUCACAAGAUGAAAGUAACUGCAUUAGUUUACGUGCAAAAGUUGACACAGGAGAUGGCGAGGUCGUGGAGGCCCUUGAAUUCUUCGUACAAGAGACUUCAUUGGAUGAAUACUGUUCCUUCGUCAUAUCGUCACGAAUGUCAGAAGCAGAUGUUCAUCUCUCUCUCAUACCGAGGUUUUGUAAGGAAAGUUUGUGUCUGAGACCUUCUGGUUUUGCUAUAAUGCCUGCUGGACCGGGAGGUCUACAGUCCAACGCGUCGUUGGUGACAAUAUGCAUUCGUCGAGAGCUCGAAAAUAUGAAAGUUGAUCGAGUAAUUGAAGAAAUGAGUGGUUACAUGAAUGCUGUCGUUGAUCAGAUAACUCAUAUCCAAUCUCCAAACGUCGUUGAAGAUGAUCUGAACUCUGAAUGGAAUAAUACUACAACCCUUUAAUGGUGAGGUAGGAUAAAACUCAGGUAACGAGGAAACCUUUCAUUUUCAUGCACAAUUGUUUCUAUUCUUUUCCCUAUUCGUUCUACUACUAGCAUUGAACCUAUGAUGACGUCCUAGGCUACAAUUUAUGCAGGUUUGUUUCUUCAAUUUGUAGGGAGUUUCCAUUUCUUGCUUUUUUUAUUUAGUUGAAU